ACAAUAGAAAAGCAAAAAGUAAUGAUAACGAGAUGCCCUUGAUCAUUUAAGGACCUGAUAAUAGUGGGCGUAGUGAAUGUAGGAAGCAGUAUGAUCAACGUUAUCUUAUCGGCACUGUCGACGGCCGGUCAGGUGGUGUAGUAGAAAACGUUUAAAAGCGCAAGGCCAAGUGAAACACGUUAACAGAAACGCUCGUGAAACCCGACCGUGAACAUGGCAAGCGGCCCCACCUUCAACCGAGUUCUCUCGAUCCAGAGUCACGUUGUGCACGGCUAUGCUGGCAACAAGAGUGCCGUAUUUCCGCUUCAGGUGCUCGGUUUCGAGGUGGAUCAGAUAAACUCUGUCCAGUUCUCAAAUCAUACCGGUUACAAAAACGGGUUCAAGGGACAAGUGCUGAACGAGACGCAGCUUGCGGAAGUGUACUCUGGUCUGGUGGAUAAUGAAUUACACAAAUUGUACACACACCUACUCACUGGAUACGUCGGCAACCCCGCAUUCCUACGGGAGAUCGCAAACAUUCUCAAAUCGCUGCGAGCCGCGAACUCGAAGCUCAUCUACGUGUGCGAUCCGGUUAUGGGCGAUGAUGGGGUGAUGUACGUGCCGAAGGAAUUGCUUCCAAUUUAUCGCGACGAGAUCGUGCCACUGGCCGAUAUCAUUACACCCAAUCAGUAUGAAGUGGAGCUGCUGACUGGAAAGCAGAUUAAGACGGAAAACGACGUUUGGGAAGCGGUGCAAUGGUUCCACGAGAAGGGAGUUGGCACGGUAGCGAUUUCGUCUUCUGAGCUGGGCUCCAAGGACACGCUGCUAGCAUUUGUCAGCUAUCGUAGUGCUUCCGGCACGGAGCGGUACCGUCUGGCCAUUCCUAAGCAGGGCAACAACCUUGUUCGGUUCACCGGAACCGGCGAUCUGUUUGCUUCGCUGUUUUUAGCACAUUCGACACUUACUAACUUUGACAUGGGCACCACCCUAGAGCGGGCUAUAGCGACACUACAGGCCGUGAUAACGAAAACGCUGAGCUACAUCCCGGAAGAGGUACUGCAAGGGAAGGUGGCAGUGACCUCCCAGCAGCGAGAAUUGAAGAUCAUUCAAAGCAAAACGGACAUCGAACAACCAAAGAUUGCGCUACGCAGUGAGAAACUUUAAACCAUUAGCUUUUGACCACGCCAAAAUUUCCUGUUUUUGUUAUCAAUUUUAUGAUCCAGAGUAUCAAUCGUGUAAAGUGACUAAAAAUUUAUAAAUAAAUGCUAAUUUUAGCAAAGCGCA